AUGUAUGGUGAUAGGAUUCCAUAUCAUAUCAGCUUUGGUGAUGCUACUCAGGAAACAACAAAGCACAGCCUAAAACCAUAUGCCUUAACCAUCCCAGUCCGCAGCAGCGCAGACGGAAGUUACAUUUCCAACUUUGUUUCUAUAAGACACUUGAGAAGAUUAGUAAGGGAUGUUUCUCCAAGUCAACCCAAGGAACUCUACUUCAACGUAUCUGCCUUUGGGAGAGAAUUUCACCUCCGACUGAGGCCUAACACUCGUCUCGUAGCUCCCGGCGCGGUGGUGGAGUGGUAUGAAGAUUCUCCAUCGAUCUACAACGGAACGGAAGAGGUUCACCAGGAUCAAGGCGAGGGGGUCAUGGAGAGACUAUGGAAAAAGGAAUCCCUGCGGACCAACUGUGCUUACGUUGGAGAUCUGGUGGAUAUCACAGGAGCUUCCGUCGCCAUGAGCAACUGUGAUGGUCUGGCUGGCAUGAUCAAAGUUGGUGAAGAUGAAUUUUUCAUUGAGCCCCUGCAGAGAGGCAAACAAAUGGAGGAAGAGAGAGGACGGCUUCACAUGGUCUAUAGGAGGUCAGCAAUUGCACAGAAUUCAUCCGAUAUUCUCCCUGAUUUCCAAAGUAAAGAAUCUGAUUCACUCAGCCUGGAGUCGACUUAUGCAAGAAUAGAGCAGGACCUGAACAAAACGCUGAGGCGACGCAGACACGCCGGAGAAAACGACUACAAUAUUGAGGUUCUCCUUGGGGUAGAUGAUUCCGUGGUCCGAUUCCAUGGCAAAGAAUACGUGCAGAACUAUCUUCUCACCCUUAUGAAUAUUGUGAGUGCCAUCUUUUCUUGUCUUGGUUUGGGAGAAAUAAAGAUCUCUUCUUACGAUUGUCUCCUCGAUGACCCUUUUGAACAUAAUUGGCCGAAACUUCCUGAGUUGCCAGGGGUAAAUUAUUCUAUGGACGAGCAAUGCCGCUUUGAUUUUGGAGUGGGUUACAAAAUGUGCACAGCGUUUCGAACAUUUGAUCCAUGUAAACAGUUGUGGUGCAGUCAUCCGGACAAUCCUUAUUUCUGCAAGACUAAGAAAGGCCCUCCCCUUGAUGGGACAGAAUGUGCCCCUAGUAAAUGGUGCUAUAAAGGUCACUGCAUGUGGAAGAACACGAACGAGUUGAAACAAGAUGGCGGCUGGGGAACUUGGACAAAAUUUGGGUCCUGCUCCAGGUCCUGUGGAACGGGCGUUCGCUUCAGAACACGACAAUGCAACAAUCCCAUGCCAAUUAAUGGGGGUCAAGACUGUGCCGGUAUCAACUUUGAGUAUCAAUUGUGCAACCUGGAUGAAUGCCCAAAGCUUUACGAAGAUUUCCGAGCCCAGCAGUGUCAGCAACGCAACUCCCAUUUCGAAUAUCAAAACAGCAAACACCACUGGCUUCCAUAUGAGCACCCAGAUGCCACCAAGAGAUGCCAACUUUACUGCCAGUCCAAAGAGACGGGUGACAUUGCUUACAUGAAACAACUGACCCACGAUGGCACUCGCUGUUCAUACAAAGACCCCUUCAGUAUAUGCGUCCGUGGAGAAUGUGUGAAAGUUGGUUGCAACAAAGAGAUUGGAUCCAACAAAGCUGAAGACAAGUGUGGAGUAUGUGGAGGAGAUAACUCACAUUGCCGGACAGUGAAAGGGAUCUUUACUAAAACCCCCAAGAAAUCUGGGUACCUUAAGAUGUUUGACAUCCCAGCGGGUGCUCGACAUGUGACUGUCCAAGAAGAUGAGGUUUCCCCUCACAUUCUUGCCAUUAAGAACCAAGCAACUGGCCACUAUAUCCUAAAUGGCAAAGGAGAAAGAUCCAUCUCUCGUUCUUUCAUCGACUUCGGCUUAGAAUGGGAAUACCACAUAGAAGAUGGCAUAGAAACCCUUCAGACAGAUGGGCCUUUGCAUGAUGCCAUUCUUGUUCUGGUAAUUCCUCAGGAUAACAAUACCCAAUCCAGCCUGAUUUACCGAUACAUAAUUCAUGAAGAUUCUGUGCCCAAUGUCAGCAGUAACAAUGUCCUUCAAGAGGAACUGGACACCUUUGAGUGGGCUUUGAAGAGUUGGUCCCAGUGCUCCAAAGUCUGUGGAGGAGGUUUCCAAUAUACCAAAUAUGGCUGCCGCAGGAAAAGUGAUAGCAAAAUGGUGCAACGCGGUUUCUGUGACGCCAGUAAAAAGCCUAAACCAAUUCGUAGGAUGUGUAACCUUCAGGAAUGCACUCAGCCAUUCUGGGUAUCAGAAGAAUGGGAGCACUGCACCAAAACCUGUGGGACGUCCGGUUAUCAAAUCCGAAGUGUACGUUGCGUUCAGCCGCUUCAGGACAGUGCAAACCGCUCCGUCCAUUUCAAGUACUGCAGUGGAGAACGUCCGGAGAGUCGCAGGCCUUGUAACAGAACACCAUGUCCGGCUCAAUGGAAAACAGGGCCGUGGAGUUCAUGCUCGGUCACCUGUGGUGAAGGGACAGAAUCCAGGCAGGUGUCAUGCCGCACAGGGGAUCAGUGUGAUGGAGAAAAGCCAGAAUCCAUGAGGGUUUGCAAACUUGCACCCUGUAAUGAUGAACCUUGCCAAGGAGACAAAUCGAUCUUCUGCCAGAUGGAAGUGCUCGCUCGAUACUGCUCCAUUCCGGGCUAUAAGAAGUUAUGCUGUGAAUCUUGCAACAAACGUAGUGGCAACUUUCCUCUUCCUUUCUACAGCGAAGCAGCAGAAACCGAAGAGGGCUUCAUCGCCAGCCCCGCUGUCCUUCCAAAGUCUUCGGUCACUCCAACUUCUUUAGUCCCUCCUCGCUCUGAGCGACAAAGCGCUCCGGGAAGAAUGUCCUUGGCUGAAGACAACACUCAAGUCCUUCUCCCUCCAAUCUACAAGAGGCCCCAAGCUGCUAAUAAUCCAUCUCAUCGGAGAUUUCGGAGUCAAGCCAGUAACAAGAUGUCUGGACCAGCUGCAUUGCACCAUAACCUUUCCACCAACGAUGGUCUUCUUCUUAGUCACCGUUCCUCAACUUUGUUUGACACUGGGCCAGUGGUGACACACCAUCCCACUUCUGUGGACAUUCAUUCUUCUCCCAGAACCCCAAGGAGAAAUGAAAAGCGAGCCGAAAGACAGCAACCCUUAAGAUCCUCCACUAUAGGAAGAUGA